AUGGACCACGCGCUCGUGAUUCUCAACUCCCUAGCAGACCCCGGCCCCCGCGGAGGCGUCAAGAAUCGCGAUGCCGAGAUCAGAGGAUACCUGGCCCAGGCAACCGCCAUCCCCAAGUCUGCCAGGGAAGCCUUGGGUGCCGACCCGCGACGAGCAUUGGAGGUAAUCGAUCCCUCUCGAAACUCGAUCGGAUGCUUGUUUCUACUCGACACCAUCAUAGCCUCUGGGAUGGAGCACGUCGAAAGACAGGUGCUGUUGGACAAGAUUGUGCACUUCUUCACAAGCUUCGACCCCGUUCAGAUCCGAUAUGUCGGCGCCAUCUUUCGAAAUUUUCUAGACUUUGCCCUUUCUGGUGGCCUUUUUCCCCCCGCCGUUACCGUCGAACUCCUGGCGACAGCCAUCCUCCGCAUCGACCCGACAGGAAGCCUGUUGACGUCGACACACCUGCUUCUCGCCAAAAUAGCUGUCGAGUCAAACAUAUUGGAACCAGCACUCGAGGUUCUGGACAAGGAAAUCACUUGCUAUCCGACCACGUUGUCUGGCCGGGAAACGCGAGACUGGCGAAGGCUGUGCGACCCCUCCCUCCCUCCCACUUUGUACAUCUCCACAGCAACCGGUCUCACAGACGGCCUCAAGAGCAGUUCCGUUCUGGAAUACAACUUUCUCAGGUCUCUUGUGUAUUCUAGUCGACGAGACUGGAGCAAGGCCUUUGCGGCUCUGGAACAAGUCAUCACACACCCCACCAAAGAUCGGGGGGUGAGCAAGGUCAUGACGGAGUGCCACAAAAGAUGGCUCCUUGUCGGGCUUUUGAACUCCGGCCAGGUACAUUCACUACCUUCUUACACCUCACAGCAGCCCGUGGCAUCAUACAACUCGCUCAGCGCUGAAUACAAAGAACUUGCUAGCCGUUUUGUCGCACCUAGCGCCAAGGGCUUGAAAGAGUGUGCAGAGACGAAUGCAGGAAUAUGGCAACAAGAUGACACUACAAGUCUAGUUGCCGAAGUAUUAUCCUCAUUCCAAAAAUGGGAGAUCUUCAAUCUGCGAAAAGUCUUUGCGGAAGUGUCCAUCUCCCAGAUCAGACGCCUAACCAGCAGCGCUCUAACAGGAGAGCCGCUGAAGACUGAUGAAGACGUCAUUGCUCUAAUUCAGGACAUGCUGGGCUCUGGCAUGCUCAAGGGUAUCUUGAAAGUUGAUGGAACGGCCGGUACCUUUCUCAAAUUCGGUGAUACGUCAUCGGUGCUGACAGAACAAGAUUUCGCACGGGAGAUUGCCACCAGGCACAUGCGCAUCACGGCCCUGAAACAACAAUACAAGGAAGUCAACGACCGCCUGAGCGAUAAAAGAGAAUAUAUCAAGUACGUAGCUCUCGAGCAAAAGAGAGCUGAGAAGGAGGGUCAUGAUCCUGGCGUUGGCUUUGACAGCCAGAUUGAGGACGAGGACCUGAUGACCGGCGUUGUCAUGGCAAAUGGUUAG